AUGGCCCCCCAUAAGGCAGGCUCCGCCAGGAUGGGGCCCCUAUGCCUCCUCCUGACUGCCGUGCUGCUCCUGGCCCAGGCGGCGCCGAGGAAGGCCUCUCAGCACUGCAGCCGCCUCGAGUACUGGAACCCUGAUGACCUGUGCUGUGGCAGCUGCCUGCAGAGCUUCGGGCCGCCCUCUGCUCGGACAGAAUUUUCGGAAAACUGCGGGCCCGAUGAUGCGGGCAAUCACGUAACGCACCCCUUCAAAGAGUGUCCUCCGGGGCAGUGCAACCCCAAGAGCGAGGAGCUAUGUAGCCCUUGUGGCGGCGGAGCAACGGCCCCCACUUCUUUGCGGAGCCGCGGCGGGACCCGGAGGCGCGGCAGACAGAAGCCGGUCCCUAACAAGGAGCCCUGCCCCCUGACACGUGGAAAGCUGAGCGUCCUUAGUUCCCAGGAGCCCAGCGCACCGGCGAUUCCCAGUCUCCUGUGGACAUUUGAGCACAAAGUCCCUCAGCAGGCCUGGCCGAGUUGGAGUUUUGACCUGUCCCUGGUGCUGGUUCUGCUCGUGACCUCAGCAGAAAUCCUCCUGCUCGCCCUGCAGAGGCACCGCCGUCGCCACCACCAGGGGAAAGCGGUCCAACACCCCUAUCCUGGCUUGGUUUGCAACGACCUCAACACCCACACCCUAUUCUCCUUGCACUUGUCCCCUCCAGGCUCCCUGGAGGCUUCAGAGGCAGGGGACUCAGGGAAGGAGGUCCCUCUGCCUCUACUCCUAGGCAGGGAGGUGCCAAGUCUGGAAUCACAGCCACUGUCUCGCCUCCUGGAUGAGCUGGAAGUGCUGGAGGAGCUGAUGGUGCCGCUGGAUCCUGAGCCUGGGCCACGUGGGGGAGAGCCUGAUGGCAGCACUCGACACCUGGCUGCAAAAUAUGGACUGCCUGCUGCCGGGUCCACUUCUGCCUACUCCCUGCGGCCCAGUCGCUGGCCUCGGCGGGCCCUGAUGGAGAUGGUGGUGGCAAGGGAGCCCUCUGCCUCUCUGGGCCAGAUUGGCGCACCUGCCGAGAGAGGGCAGGCAGAUGCACUGCGGGUGCUGUCCAAGCUUGGCUGAGCUGGGGCCUGCCCGGCCCAGUACCCGAUAAAAAUAAAGUUUCCAUUGAAGUAGGUGCCUGCUGUCUCUGGGCAUCACGGGUCCUCUUAAAAUAGUCUUAAUUGGGCCGAAACCCGACAGACAUCCUCUCACUCCCCUCCCCAUUCAGGGAAUGGGCCAAUCCCACCACACACACAAGACCAGGUGUGGGCUACCUCUGGGCAACCAGGGUCCCCUCUGAGAAAUGGCCCUGCUACCCUUGGGAGGGUUCAUCUAUAGGGACCCAUCUGCGUUCUAACUUGG